AUGUUUUCCCUUCUUUUUCUUUUUUCUUUCUCAAUCAAUAUUGUUCAUUCUAUUAAAUGUUUCGGAGGAGUUGCGGAAUUCGGAAUAGUGAAAGACGACUAUGUCGAUUACAUCUGUCCAUCCUUGAAUUCUUGUUAUAUUCGAUUGGUGAUUGAGAAUGCGAAUAAGCCGGAUCAAAAGGCGACAAUGAUGAAGGGUUGUUUGGAAAAAGCAAUGGAAGAUUCAUAUCAGAAUGUGCCGCUGUGUUCCAGUAUCGACUUCUCAAAUAUUACUAGCGACGACGCAAUUCCAGGAGAAAUCAAGUGCACAUGUUCUAGGGACUUUUGUAAUGGAAGUUUCGAGGACGAUCCUAACCUCUCGACUGGAGUUUCCAACCACCUAAUAGCUUUUUUCAUACUUAAAACUUGUCACAUAAACACUGAAUCAUCAUCACUUUGCGCAUCGAUCGAACCGAACGCGUUGUUGUCAAAACCGAAACCAUACAAGUAUUGUGAAGAACCUGAAAACAUAUCCGGUUCAAAUGCAGUACUCUUUCUUGUCUUUCCUUCAUCAUCUUUGCUUUUCCACGUGGACUUUCUACUCAUUUCUAUGCCACCUUCUCCACCAACUGAUCCAUUUGCUUGUGCAUCUCCUCCACCAGUCGUUCCCAUUGCACUCACCUGA